AUGGGUACUGGUGCUGGUGCCGGUGGUUUUGUUGCUGGUGAUGUUAAAAACUAUCCCGGAACGGUCACUCGGCAUGUGGCAAUUGCCUGUGUACUUGGAGCCAUGGGAGGCUUAAGUUUCGGAUACGACCUUGGCAUCUCGGGUGGUGUGACGUCUAUGGCUUCCUUUUUGAAAAAGUUUUUCCCAGAUGUUUAUCGCAAGGAAGCAUUAGAUACAUCCACCAAUCAAUAUUGCAAGUAUAAUAGCAUGCGGUUAACCUUGUUCACAUCUUCGUUAUACUUGGCUGCAUUACUUGCUUCUUUUGGUGCUUCCGUUGUCACUAGAAAGUACGGUCGGAAAAGAUCGAUGCUCUUUGGUGGCAUCAUAUUUUUCAUCGGAGCUUGUCUCAACGCCGGUGCUGUUAACCUCUUCAUGCUCAUCAUCGGUCGCCUUCUCUUAGGUGUUGGUGUUGGUUUUUCCAAUCAGUCUGUGCCGCUCUAUGUCUCCGAGAUGUCUCCACACAAAUACCGUGGUGCUUUCAACAUUGUGUUCCAACUAGCAAUCACAAUCGGCAUUUUCAUCGCUAAUCUUGUCAAUUACUUGACACCUAAGAUCGCCGGCAACCACGGAUGGCGUUACAGCUUAGGAGGUGCGGCCGUUCCUGCUGCCCUCAUCUUUUUUUCAGCACUUAAACUGGACGACACUCCUAACUCCUUGUUGGAGCAAGGCAAAUCUGAAGAAGCUCGACAGGUACUCAGAAAGAUACGUGGCCUUAGCGACAAGGAAAUUGAGGCUGAGUUUCAAGAUUUAGUGACGGCAAGUGAGGCAGCUAAGCAAGUGGAGCAUCCCUGGAGGAAUAUCCGUAAGAGACAGUAUCGGCCACAACUGAGCAUGGCUAUAGCUAUUCCAUUUUUCCAACAACUUACUGGGAUGAAUGUGGUCAUGUUCUACGCUCCUGUCCUCCUCCAAAGUAUUGGGUUUGGAAAUAAUGCUUCCCUCUUGUCCGCGGUUAUCACCGGCGCUGUUAAUAUGCUUGCCACCGGUGUUUCUAUCUACGGCAGUGAUAAGUGUGGAAGAAGAUCUCUGUUUCUUUCAGGAGGAGCUGUAAUGUUUGUAUUUCAGGUUGUGCUAGCAGCUUUAAUCGGAUCGAAAUUUGGAACAUCUGGAGAUGCGAUUGAAUUGCCGAAGUGGUAUGCCAGCCUGGUUGUGGCAUGCAUCUGCUUAUUUGUUUCGAGCUUUGCGUGGUCAUGGGGACCAUUGGGAUGGCUAGUUCCAAGUGAAAUAUUUCCGCUAGAAAUUCGGUCAGCCGGGCAAAGCAUCACCGUAGCAGUGAACAUGUUGUUCACUUUCUUGAUUGCUCAGCUUUUCCUUGCAAUGCUUUGCCACUUGAAAUUCGGUUUGUUCAUCUUCUUUGCAAUCUUUGUGGGAAUCAUGAGUGCCUUCGUCUUUUUCUUUUUGCCUGAGACGAUGAACAUCCCCAUCGAAGAGAUGUCUAAAGUGUGGAAGCAACAUCCGUAUUGGAGGAGAUUCAUGCCCGAAGAUGAUGAUCACCGAUCUUCAGACCUCACGGGGUUCACCAAGUCUCUUGCCAUCACAAUUCUUUCGGAAGUUGGAGAUAGGACUUUCUGUGUUGCCGCUAUCUUGGCAAUGCGCUACCCCAGGAAUAGUGUCUUGCUAGGCUGCCUGUUUUCUGUGAUUGUGAUGACUGUUGUAUCCGCUUUCGUUGGGUGGGCUGCUCCAAAUCUGGUAAGGAAUAAAAUGCAUCUCAAGAUGCUACGUAGAUGUAGUUUGCGUUCGGCACUAGAGGAAAUCGUUGAAGCAGUUUUGUUUCCAGGAAAUGGGCGCAUCAUAUCACAACCUUGCUCUUCUUUUUCUUCGGACUCCGUUCUCUUUGGGAAGGAUUCACAGAAGAUGAUGAGUAAUUCUCUAUUUCCCAAGCUCUUAAUCAUUUCACAACCAAUAAAUCCUAACCUUGCUUUCAUUCGAGUGAUAACGAAGAGUUGGCUGAGGUUGAAAAGGAACUGGUUAGCUAAUGAAAAUGACUUGAAAGGCAGUGCCGGAAAAUCCAAAGUAGCUUCCAAGAGAGAUAAGAAUUUGAAGAGGCAACAGAAGCCAUUUCUCACACAUUUCUUCUCACCUACUUUUUUGAAGCUUGCAACAAUUAGUUUGGCAGCUGAUGAGGACACUUUGGCUGUGGUUCUUGGUGGAAUUCUCGCACAAGCACUCUGUACAGUUGCAGCCGUUCUCGGUGGGAGGAGUUUGGCAUCAAGAAUAUCUGAAAAAAUGGGUCCAAUUCUUUGGGCCCGGAUUGGUAUCACGUAG